AUGCAAUCAAUUAAAGAGGGGUAUGCUUUUUUUAUUUUAUAUUUAUCACAAAUAUUAUGGGUGUUAUAUUUAAUAUGGGCCUUCAUAUUUGAUGACAUAUUAAUUUUAUUGUACUUUCCAUUUCCAUCAAAAUAUUGGGCUGCCGUUAUACCUUGCGCUAUAAUUUUUACAUGUUUUUGUUUUUUUUUAUUUACAAUAAUAUAUUCAUAUGUUCAAACUGAAUCUCCUAAUUCUAUGAAUUUGGUAAACGAUAAAUAUUCCACAUUUGAAAAUACAAUCACAGAACAUUCAAUGAAUUGUAUGAACGAUAUAAAUAUUGAGCAAAUAAAUAAAUUAUUUUAUGAUACCUCUCUAUAUUUUGAUUAA